UUUCUAAAGCUUGGUCUAAGUUUGACAAAGGUAUUGUUUUGUGCCUGAGAUAAACAUGGUACUGGAAAUGGUAGUGGUGCCUGCUUACCUUACGUACCUGUUGUAACCUUGUGACUUGGGAUGGGGAAAACGACCCCUGUGACGUAGGGCCGGUAUGUGCGUAAGUUACCUCUCCGUACAGAUCGCAAAACCCCACUCGAUGACAAGCCCCGCCGACUGCCUCUAUUUAUCUCGAUGGACCACGGAGCUUUUCUUUGUCCAUCACAUCAACUAGUAUUACCGUUUUGCAUUGAUACAUUCACACAUUGAUCCCAAGGAAUACCUUUGAAGGCCCUGGAUCUGUUUUGAAUGAAUUAGCCUACUCGUUUUCUCGCGUCCUUGCUGAAGUACUUUGCAACGUUUAUCUGCAUGAGCCACGACCCGGGGUAUCUGGAGUGAUUUCUAUACGACUAGUAUCUUCCCUCCACUCCAAAAUCCACUCUGGAUCUAUAGAUAUAAAGGCAAUCAUGGAUAUCCAGGUAGACAGACUAGUCGAUAAGAUCUGGGAUAAAACCCGAUCUACGCCAGAUGAUUCUCGGUUGAUGAUAGCAGUGAGUGGCAUACCGGGCUCCGGAAAGACAGCACUUGCCAGCAUGAUGGCAAACCGCAUCAACCAACUCUACACGGCACAGCAUCCCAAUUCACCGCCUAUCGCGACUGCUAUCCCGAUGGAUGGGUAUCAUCUUACACGGGCGCAACUCGCUCAAAUGCCCGACCCGGUGUAUGCUGCUGCGCGACGGGGUGCAGCAUUCACUUUUGACGGGGAGAAAUUCUUGAAAUUAGUCCAGGCUCUGCGGGAGCAGUUGACGCUGGAGACCCAAAGCUUGUACGCGCCAAGCUUUGAUCAUGCAGUUAAAGAUCCUGUCGAUGAUGAUAUUGCCAUCCCCGCCACGUGUAGGGUUAUUUUCUUCGAGGGGAAUUACCUGAGUUUAAAUAAAGAGCCGUGGAAUAAGGCGGCACAACUAAUGGAUGAGCUUUGGUUUGUGGAUGUUGAAUUCGAAACCGCUCGAAAGAGGUUGGUUCGGAGGCACGUCAAGGCGGGUAUCGCAAAGAAUGAAGCCGAGGCAGAUAAACGAGCGACAGAAAAUGACCUUGUAAAUGGCCGGGAAAUCGUGGACUAUAGGUUGCCCGUUCAGGAGAUAAUUACAAGUCGUUAUGACCCUAAUUGGGACCGGUGACUGAUGGGUCUUGGGGGUGAAUUUUCGGUGCGGUAUGAGAACAGAUGGUUGACUGAAGCAUAACUCAUCUUACAGCGUUCCCUUUUAAAGAAAACCUCAUGGAAGAGGGAUAGAAAACAUUACACAUAGCGGGUAUACUAUAAUUAGACGCAUACGGAGUCUGGCCACUUAUUACUUUAGCUUAUUGCUAGCUGUUGGAUAAAUUUAGGAUAAUAAAAGGACUGAGACAAGGUUACUUGAUUAACUUGGUA